CAGCCUCAAUUUGGUACAUUUUGGAUUUGAUCACAUUCUUUCCUUAGAUUCAACUCCCAGAAGUGGAGUUACUGGGUCCAAGGGGGAUGCCUGUCUCCCUGGCUCUUGCAUUCCCUAAAGACGAGUCCAGAUUGGGACCUGCCACCUGCUGCUGCAGUGAGCACUGAGAGGCGCCACUCUCUCAAAUACAUCAUGGACAUUCUUGUUUUUCUUGCAGCUCCUUCCCUGGUCUGGAUCCCCGGCAGCAUAGUGGGUCCCUCUUCUGAACUACAGGCUGGAUCCAGGGUAUACUCGACCCACUCUGGACAUCUCCCCGGGUCCACAAGUCAACCAACACCACCUUCUCGGCCCCCAGCCCCUUACCCAGCCCAGGGCUGAGUGCUGUUUUUCAAAACAGAUUUCUUUCAGUUGGUGGGAAUAUAGGGAAUUUCAACGGGAACCUGUGAUUUGUUCGCCUCUAUAUCUCUCCCUAGUGGGUCGUCUUUUCUAGGACCUUUGUUUAUUUUGGGCAUUAACAUUUGAAUUUCGUAUAAUUUUCAUACGUCACUGAAAACAGCUCUCCCUUUGAUUUUCUUUCAAUCAUUUACAAAUGUGAAAACCAUUGUUAGCUCACAUGGCAAAAACAUUGUUUUUGCCCACGGCAAAAAACAGGCCGUGGGUCCAUCCAUGGUAUUGUAGGAAAUAUAGAAGAGUCAAUAAUAUUCUAUUCCCUAACUUUCCAUAUUUUCCUCGAGGGGUGUAAAAGCAUGCAUGGCACCGGACUAAAUGCUUUUAUAGUUCACUUUUGAAAGUUUAUUGUAUCUGUGAACAAGUCUUCCAGUUACACACACCCCAACAUUUCACGGCUCAUAAUGGUCCACAGUUUUCGUAAUUUAAAUUAAUAGCUGCAUAUCCCGCGAUGAUUUUAUUUGGUUUGCCUUUUCAUAACUGGAAUUGCGGGUUUUUUCAUAUUUCUCCCCCAAUUUUUCGAGGAAACAACGUUUGGAGUAGCAGCUGACGCUCCCAGGAAUUCCGGGGAACGUACUCCUAACUCACAGAGAACCAGUCCCUUGGUACCGCACUGCGACAUUUCCGGCGGAAGUUGCCCGUCGGAGGGGAAAGCAGCAAGCGACAAGACCUUUUUCCGCAAACGACGCUAACGGCGGGCGCACGCGGUGACGUGUAGGGGGGCGUGGCCCCACGCACUCACACCAUUGGCCAGAGGCUGUCGGGGCACGCGUAUACGGCGCUUCCGGGGUCGUCUGCUGCGCCCUCGCAGGGCUUCCUGGGAGUUGUAGUCCGGACUCCCGCGCGAGCUCUGCCGUCGGGAGGCGGCUCGGAGGUCCGAGGCCGUCCCCCGCCUUUGGCGCUCCGCUCGGAGGAUGGAGCCGGGGCCCGGGCCCGACGCGCCGCCGCUGGCUGGCCUGGUGUGGUCGCCGGCCUCGGCGUCUCCGCCGCGGGGGUUCAGCGCGGUCUCUUGCACCGUCGAGGGCGCGCCCGCCAGCUUCGGCAAGAGCUUCGCGCAGAAAUCCGGCUACUUCCUGUGCCUUAGUCCGCUCGGCAGCCUGGAGAACCCCCAGGAGAACGUGGUGGCGGACAUCCAGGUCGUGCUGGACAAGAGCCCGCUCCCUCCGGGCUUCUCCCCGGUCUGCGACCCCCUGGACUCCAAGGCCUCUGUGUCCAAGAAGAAGCGCAUGUGUGUCAAGCUGGUGCCGCUGGGGGCUGCGGACACGGUGGUGUGUGACAUCCGGCUGAGUGGGAAGACCAAGACGGUGCCCGGAUACCUGCGAGUAGGGGACAUGGGCGGCUUUGCCAUCUGGUGCAAGAAGGCCAAGGCCCCCAGGCCGGUGCCCAAGCCCCGAGGUCUCAGCCGGGACAUGCGGGGGCUCUCCCUGGACCCCCCGAGCCAGAGCCAGCCCAGCAGCAAGGGCGGCUUCCCCGAGCGGACGCUGUCGCGGCUGGGCUCCCGGGCGUCCACCCUGAGGCGGAAUGACUCCAUCUACGAGGCCUCGAGCCUCUAUGGCAUCUCAGCCAUGGACGGGGUUCCCUUUACCCUGCACCCCCGAUUCGAGGGCAAGAGCUGCGGCCCCCUGGCCUUCUCUGCCUUCGGGGACCUGACCAUCAAGUCUCUGGCGGACAUCGAGGAGGAGUACAACUACGGCUUCGUGGUGGAGAAGACGGCCGCUGCCCGCCUGCCCCCGAGUGUCUCCUGACCCUCGGUGGGUCGCAUCCGCCGCGGCCCAUCCUGGGAACUCCACGUCACAGGGCGUUCCGGCCCUCGGCCACCGCCGGGCGGAGCUGCAGCCGUGGGGGAGGGGCGGGCCCGGGUUGCUUGGUGAUGGCGUCUUAGGGUGUCUGCCCCCCCGGCCCUGCAGGGCAGGGGUGAGGCUGGAUGGAAACCGGUGCCUUCGAGUCCUUCUUGCCAAAACUGUCUGGAGCCUGGAGGGGCAAGGUCGCCCUCCCGGCAAUAAACACUA